AUGUCUUACUCCGCCUACACCGCAACCCAACACCAGCGCAUGUGGAGUGAAGGCUUGCAGCAGUGGAUCACCAUCUCCGCUCCAAGGCCAACCUACCCACCCCAACAAUUAAGCAUGCCACAGCAGAUGAGCAUGCCGCAACAAAUGAGCAUGCCACAACGAAUGAGCAUGCCACAACAGCUCCCUCCUCCCGGCGUCGCUGCCGCCAACUGCUUUCCUGCUGGUUUCGUCCCCCACCAGCAAUACCCUUCUCACAUGCAGGGUAGGCCACAACCCGGCGCCGUGAGCACUCCUGGCGUCGCUGCCACUAAUCGCUUUCCUGCUGGUUUCGUCCCCAACCAGCAGCAAUACUACUCUCACAUGCCGGGUAGGCCACAACCCGGCGCCGUGAGCACUCCUGGCGUCGCUGCCACUAAUUGCUAUUCUUCUCCCUACGCACAGCAGCCACAGAGGUUUAGUCAGCCUGUGGUUCAGGCUGCUUUCGUCCCAAAGCCUAUGUUUCAGAAUGUUAGAAGGCACUUCACGCCUGGGUGGCAGCAGCAGGGUAGCAUCAUCGAUGCUACUACCACUGGUCAGGUUUUCGACCUCACACGGGAUGAUGGCGGAGCGGUGCCUCCUCCAACAUGGCCAACAACUCCCUCCGUCCCCGUUCCCCCCGCGCCUACCAAGAGAAAGAGGCAGUCAGGAGGCGAAGAUGAGGUACCAAAGGUACCAAAGAAGAGGGGCAGGCCUCCUAAGGCGAAGCCUAUGGACGAGGUGCCCAAGGUACCAAAGAAGAGGGGAAGACCUCCCAAGACCAGGCCGGUCGUCGUAGCCCAGGUACCAACCCCUGACACCACCACGACCACCACCACCAACUCCUCAUCAGAGGAAAACUACACGUUCGAACCCGCCCCGUUUGCCGGCUUCAACGAGUACACCAUCGACCAACGCGUCGAGGCAGGAACCCCCUGCCGCCUACAAGAGCGUGGACAAGACAGCGCCGAAGCUGUAGAAACCGUUGACAACCUCCCGGGUAGGGCCGACAUGGAGCUGUUGUUCGGUGGUGGGGAUAUGGUAGAUGCCACGGACCCUUCAUGGUUUGCAAACAUGGAUGUGGCGCCCGCUGAGGACCUCCCGGCCUUCAUGAACCCCGCGUGUACAGCGGCUGAGAGCAUAUGGGCGGACCCCCCGCUACCGCAGGAACCUUGCAUCGUGGAGCAGGGUUCCUUUGAGGAGCUCAUGGAUGCCUUUGAUGCUAGAGCUGCAGCGGAUGAUGGGCUUGCGAAUGCGGAAACAGACGAGUUUGUGUGCGGCUGGAACGAUAAUCUGGAGGAUCUGAUAUUUUGA